UGUCACUGCCUAGUCACGGAGCAGCCGACCUAGUGACGGAGGCCACGCCAUGGCCGCGGCGCUGCUUGGCUCUUGGUUCCGCCGGGGCGGGGCCCGCCCUGCAGUAGCUCGCCGGGUCGUCGGGGUCGGCCCGGAAGAAGAGCCCGCUGUUUCUCCACCUGGCUCCUGGUUUUCCAUCAGCACCAGUGCAACUGCCAUUGCCUACCCACCACUUAACUCCGGAACCUGGAGGACUGCCGUACAGACCUGCGUGAGCCGGUACAAGGCUGCUCUGCUGGGCCUAGGUGUAUUAUUGUUCCUGCUGCUAUUGUAUAUGGGACUGCCUGGCCCCCCUGAGCAAACUUCCUGGCUCUUGGGAGACCCCAAUGUCACAGUCCUGGUUGGUCUUACCCCAGGAAACUCCCCCAUCUUUUACCGUGAGGUGGUUCCACUCCAUCAGACACACAGGGUGGAGGUGGUGCUGCUUCAUGGAAAGGCCUUUAACUCCCACACAUGGGAGCAGCUGGGCACACUGCAGCUAUUAUCACGGAGGGGCUACCGGGCUGUGGCCCUUGACCUUCCAGGUUUCGGGAACUCAGCACCUUCAAAGGAAGUAAGCACAGAGGCAGGGAGGGCAGAGCUGCUGAAGCAAGUUUUGCGGGACCUGGAGGUGCAGAAUGCUGUAUUAGUGAGCCCCUCACUGAGUGGCCACUACGCCCUGCCCUUCCUGAUGCAAAGCCACCACCAGCUACGUGGAUUCGUGCCCAUCGCCCCCACCUCCACCCAGAACUACAACCAGGAACAAUUCUGGGCUGUGAAGACCCCAACCCUGAUCCUGUAUGGGGAGCUSGACCACAAACUGGCUCAAGAGUCACUGCAGCAGCUCCGCCACCUGCCCAAUCACUCUGUGGUGAAGAUACACAAUGCAGGCCAUGCCUGCUACCUCCACAAGCCACAAGACUUCCAUCUCGUCCUCCUUGACUUUCUUGACCAUUUGUCUUGAACUAACCCACUUCCAAAGCCCUAGGCCUGUCCUGUGCUAGGAGGGUCUGGACCACCACUCUCUCCCCACCAGGGAUGCAGGCCCAGCCAGGCCCAAGGGGCAGGCCCAGCCAGGACGUCUCAUUUCACUUCACAGGCACAAUAAAGAAAAGCAUAUUUGUUUUGCCUAGAGAGUAACAGGCUCUCUUUCCUGGUGUGCUUCCAGAGAGGUGGGAGUGGGAGGCAAGUUUGGGACUGUUUAGGGGCRGAUGCUGGGGUUGGUGGGGGUGCUCCAGAACCCUGUGGAUCUAAGAGUGAGCYACUUCCUCACUGUACGACUUACUUCUGUAUGCCUUAGUUUAGGCAUCUGUUAAACAGACAUGAUGGUAACAUCUAGCUCGAGGGAAGUUGUAGGAUUGAAUGUGUCUGGUAAGUAAAGCAUUUGGUCAUGUGGAGAUGGGGAAAGCAGGAGUGCAUGUUAAUGCUGCUGUAUGACCACUGAGAUUGGUGGGAAAUCCAGGGUCUGGGUAGCUGAGCUGAGUUUGGAAUGUAGAGUGUGUAGACAGAAGUAUGGGGAAACUGGUUUAAGAAU